CCCCCCCCCCCCCCCCAUUAUGUCUUCAGGCAUGUCUACUUUACUGGGGAAGAAGAUGGAUGAUCACAUAUCUAUCCAGAGACUUACACGUGAGUCUAACAAUUGUGGGAUUAAGGCGCGAGUGUCUCGAUUGUGGGAUGCAUACAAUUUGAAGAACAAGAAAGAUAUAAUCAGUACUGAUAUGGUCUUGAUUGAUGUGGAGGGCUCUUAUAUUCAUGCUAGCAUGAAAGGGGUUGGGCACAUGCAUUUCAUAAUUCGAUUGUUGAAGGUUUGUGUCUGAGGAGAAAUUCACAGAUUUAGUUGCUGAAAAUGCUCAAUUCAAUAAGGCUCUCAUGCAUGUCUACUUUACUGGGGAAGAAGAUGGAUGAUCACAUAUCUAUCCAGAGACUUACACGUGAGUCUAACAAUUGUGGGAUUAAGGCGCGAGUGUCUCGAUUGUGGGAUGCAUACAAUUUGAAGAACAAGAAAGAUAUAAUCAGUACUGAUAUGGUUUUGAUUGAUGUGGAGGGCUCUUAUAUUCAUGCUAGCAUCAAAGGGAGUUGGGCACAUGCAUUUCGUAAUUCGAUUGUUGAAGGUAGUGUUUAUUAUAUCAAGAACUUUGCUGUUGUGGAUAACAAGAACCGGUAUCGUGUUGUGGGAGACAACAAAGUUAUGAUCCAACUGUAUGCAAACUCUACUGUCAAACGCCUUCCUGAUGAUACAUCCAACAUCCCAAUGCAUCGCUUUGACCUACUACCCUUUGAUAUGGUUGAGACCAGAAUGAACCAAGAAUAUAUCCUUACAGAUGUAGUUGGACACGUUUGUAGUGAGGGCACGAUAGAGGAGAAGCACAUUCAUAAUGGUGCCUUGCCUUAUGCUCUACUACAGGAUAAAAGGUAAGUCAUGCACUCAUGCUUGGAUAUAUGAUAUCAACAAGAACAAUGGUUGGUAUUACAAUUCAUGCCGUAAUUGCAAACGGUUGAUCAAAGCAUGCGGAGACAAGUUUUGGUGCAAUAAAUGCCAAACAGUAGU